AUGGCGCCAAACAUUUCCAAACGCCACUACUUAAGAUGGCUACCGGAUCGAAUACCCAACGAAGACAAUACUUCAACGAUAGUGACGACCUCCGGCGGCAAUCGCUUCGUCGACCUUCGGAUCUUCAAGAAUCCAUCGAAUGGAGUCGUCUUCAAAGGAGGUAAGCUGUUCGCACCACUCUCCCAGCUCGAAUGGGGCUUCGCCGGCACCUCCUCCUCAUCACUCAAACCCGGCACAAACGGCGCAUUGGUCACACACUCAAAGUGGAAUCACUGGAUCGACUCUCGCACGCCCAACGCCGAGAGUGUACAAGAUGAAGGAAUCAUGCAACCGCUCCCAAACGGCGACACUCUGGAAACCGGCAGCAUGAUCAACCCUGCCACCGGCCGAAAGACAGCCUACGAGGAGAAGUGGAGCGACGUCGCACUGCAGUCGACAGGCAGGAAAGACGGCAAGGUGGGAUGUGUCGUUCUGCAGCUUCACAACGAUGCUGAGAAGGCACGAGGGAUGGUUGUCAGGGUUGGGCAGGUCUGUCAGGGUAUUAUGCGGGUGGGGGAGAAGUUGACGGUGGAGCAAUGGGUUUGGAGUGAGGAGGAGUCGAAGUCUACGUGGGCGAGGAGGGUGAGGAUGGGAGAUCUUUGGAUGCCUUGUGGAUUGGCUAUGGAGCCGGCGAAGUUGGUGAUGGGUGGGAAGGUUGCCUUUGGUGAUUACGAGUGGGAGGUCGUGGAAUUGACGGAGGCUUGA